CUUUCCACUUUCAUUUUCCUCUUUCAAUUCUCUGGGCACCCCUCUCAGAUCUUCCAAUCUCUCACCAUGUACUCUACAAAUCUCUCCCUUCCUCUCUCUAUGUAUCUGUAAUCCAAAUGUGUUUUACGUUUAUUUGUGCUGACGGAUCUUUAACUAUUUGAUCCUUGAUCUAGAUCUGGAUUUAUGUUUCCCCUGGGAUCUUGAUUUCUACCCAGAAUAAAAGGAUGGGGCUUUCUUUUGCUAAGUUGUUCAGUCGCCUGUUUGCCAAGAAGGAAAUGCGUAUUCUGAUGGUGGGUCUUGAUGCUGCUGGUAAGACUACCAUAUUAUACAAGUUGAAGCUCGGAGAGAUUGUCACCACGAUUCCCACUAUUGGGUUUAAUGUGGAAACUGUGGAAUAUAAGAACAUUAGCUUCACCGUUUGGGAUGUUGGAGGUCAGGACAAGAUUCGACCUUUGUGGAGGCACUACUUCCAAAAUACUCAGGGGCUAAUCUUUGUUGUGGAUAGCAAUGAUCGUGAUCGUGUUGUUGAGGCCAGGGAUGAGCUUCACCGUAUGCUAAAUGAGGAUGAGCUGAGGGAUGCUGUGCUGCUUGUAUUUGCAAACAAGCAAGAUUUACCAAAUGCUAUGAAUGCUGCUGAGAUCACUGAUAAACUUGGUCUUCAUUCCCUCCGUCAGCGCCACUGGUAUAUUCAGAGUACGUGCGCUACCUCUGGUGAAGGGUUGUAUGAGGGUCUGGACUGGCUCUCCAACAACAUAGCUAACAAGGCUUGAGGUGGUUGGUAGAAGGUCGGUGACAUUUACAUUUGGGCUAGCAAUCUUUGUGGAAUUCGGAUAUGUAUACUUCUAUUUUAUGAUGCGUUAUUGGGGUAUUGUUUUUUUGUUUUUGCUCGACAACUUUUAAAUGAAAUGGAUGAGCUUGUGUUUAGAUAUGUGGGCAUUUGGACUGCCUGCAUGCUUUGUAGAUGGAAUUCAUUGCUCAGAGUUAAUUGACGAAUUCAUUGUUGACAUUUCAUAGUAACAUGUUACAUUUUAUGAGUUUUACUUGUUCCAUUAUCAAUACUAUGUUGAUUCUUGUUUGUCCAAGAAAA